ACGCGCGCCGGCCGGGGCUCCUCCAAUAUGUCCUGGGACCCCUGGAGCUGUCAGUGGGCGGACAAGGACGCGGGCACCGGCUUGUCGUGACUGUACUGAUGAAAGGGUUCAAGCUCGCCUGCACUGCCAGUAACUCAAACCGCAGCACGCCUGCCUGCUCCCCCAUCCUGCGCAAACGGUCCCGGUCCCCAACACCACAGGACUCCCAAGGAGACGCCAUGGUGGAGAAAGGCUCGGACCACUCGUCAGACAAAUCCCCUUCCACACCGGAGCAGGGUGUACAGCGGAGCUGUUCCUCUCAGUCAGGCCGCAGCGGGGCCAAGAACUCCAAGAAAAGCCAGAGUUGGUAUAAUGCAGUUCCUUUCAGAUUCUUCCCAUAUGGCUUACGAGGCCUGGCGUUGUUCCUGCUGCCCAGAAGUACUACACUAGAAUGGCUUUUGGUGCAAGCUCAGGUGUUGAGUCCAACAUACAAACAACGGAAUGAAGAUUUCAGGAAACUCUUCAAACAGCUUCCUGACACAGAGCGCCUCAUCGUAGAUUACUCAUGUGCGCUUCAAAGAGACAUUCUCCUGCAGGGCCGCCUCUACCUCUCCGAAAACUGGAUCUGCUUUUACAGCAACAUCUUCCGCUGGGAGACACUGCUGACAGUCCGCUUGAAGGAUAUCUGCUCCAUGACCAAGGAAAAAACAGCACGGCUCAUUCCUAAUGCCAUCCAAGUUUGCACUGACACUGAAAAGCACUUUUUUACUUCCUUUGGGGCCCGAGACAGGACGUACAUGAUGAUGUUCAGACUCUGGCAGAAUGCCCUCCUUGACAAGCCUCUCUGUCCAAAGGAGCUUUGGCACUUUGUCCACCAGUGUUACGGGAAUGAGUUGGGUCUGACCAGUGAUGAUGAAGACUAUGUGCCUCCUGACGAUGACUUCAACACAAUGGGCUACUGUGAAGAAAUCCCCGUGGAAGAGAAUGAAGUCAAUGACAGCUCCUCAAAAAGCAGCAUGGAGGCCAAGCCAGAAGCCAGCCCUCAGCUGCCAAAGAAAUCUGUCACUGCCAGCACGUUGACAUCUACAGGAAGCAGUGAAGCACCUGCCUCGUUUGAUGGAGUGCUACCUGAAGAGGAGGAGGCAGUGGUAGAGUCUCCUGUGGAGAAAGACCUGGCCAUUGCAAAUAUCAUGGGAGAGAAGAUAGAGAUCAUUGCCCCCGUGAACUCCCCUUCCUUGGACUUCAAUGACAACGAAGACAUUCCCACUGAGCUCAGUGACUCAUCGGAGACCCAUGAUGAAGGGGAAGUCCAGGCCUUUUACGAGGAUCUGAAUGGCCGUCAGUAUGUGAAUGAAGUGUUCAACUUCAGCGUGGACAAACUAUAUGACUUGCUCUUCACGGACUCCCAGUUCCAGAGGGACUUCAUGGAACAGCGCCGGUUUUCUGAUAUUAUCUUUCAUCCCUGGAAGAAGGAAGAAAAUGGCAAUCAGACCAGAGUGAUCCUGUACACUAUCACCCUCACCAACCCUCUGGCCCCUAAAACUGCCACUGUCACUGAGACACAGACAAUGUACAAAGCCAGCCAAGAAAGCGAGUGCUAUGUCAUAGAUGCAGAGGUGCUAACUCACGACGUUCCCUACCACGAUUAUUUCUACACUAUUAACCGCUACACGUUGACCCGUGUUGCCAGAAACAAAAGCCGACUCAGGGUUUCCACAGAGUUACGUUACAGGAAACAGCCUUGGGGGCUGGUGAAAUCCUUCAUCGAGAAAAAUUUCUGGAGUGGCCUAGAAGAUUAUUUCCGUCAUUUGGAGAGUGAACUGACCAAAACCGAGAGCACGUACUUGGCCGAGGUCCACAGACAAUCCCCCAAAGAGAAAGUGAGCAAGCAGUCGACUGUGCGGCGGAGGAAACGCGCCCAUGCCCACCUGCGGGUGCCACACCUGGAGGAGGUGCUGAGUCCUGUCACCACCCCCACAGAUGAGGAGGUUGCACAUCGAAUCAAGCAUGUGGCAGGUUCCACUCAGACACGGCACAUCCCUGAGGAGAGCCCCAGCGGUUUCCACCUGCAGAGUGUCUCCAGGCUGCUCCUUGUUAUCAGUUGUGUUCUGGUAUUGUUGGUCAUUCUCAAUAUGAUGCUGUUCUACAAACUCUGGAUGUUGGAAUAUACCACCCAGACGCUCACGGCAUGGCAGGGCUUACGGCUACAGGAAAGGUUACCCCAAUCCCAGACAGAAUGGGCCCAGUUACUAGAAUCUCAGCAGAAGUAUCAUGACUCAGAGCUACAGAAAUGGCGUGAGAUCAUCAAAUCUUCGGUGAUGCUUCUAGACCAGAUGAAGGACUCGCUAAUAAACCUUCAGAAUGGCAUCGGGUCCCGGGACUUCGGGUCAGAUCCAGAGGAGAAACGGAAACGUUUCCACUAACAGGCAGGAAUGCAGGAGGCCAGAGGACGGUGUGCAAUAUGUGUAUAUAGGAUAUAUAAAUAUAUAUAUAAAAAUAUAUAUAUAUACAGAAUAUAAAUAUAUAUAUUAUAUACAGAUUUUAAGAGAAAAAAAAGCCUAUGUAUCGAGAGGAAGGAUUGACCUCCAACACUGGCUGAAAUGGAGUGUCUCUGGGGUAGUGUGGUGUGCGUGUGGCGGGGGGGCUGGGCUCUCCCAGCACUGAGGUGCGCUUAGGGGCUCACCGAAGUGAGCUCCCCUGGGCCCUUGCACCACUCUUGUGUAUAUUCCUGGCUGUUUGUCUGUCUGGCUGUUUUGUUGUUGUUUGUUUCAAAGGGAAGCAUCAGAGUGAGUGUCCCUCCCCUCGUCCCUGCGCAUGAGGGUCCCUGACUAACUAUGUAAUGCCUAUGUAUAAAGGGGACACUGUCUCAUGAAUAUCUUACCUUGCUGGCUUCAGGGCAGAGAGGUUUUGGCAAUCACCAAAUCCCUUAUGGAACUAUUCAGCAUUUGGAGAGGAGGCCUCAGAAAGAAUGGCUCUAGGUCUGUAGACAGCAGGUCUCAUUGGCAAUCGCCUCCUACGUCUCCUGGAGCAGAAAUGCAAUUUGCUGUCGUGCUGGCCAGCCUGGUUCAGAGAGCAAAGUACAGCACGUAAACGAGCUGAAACACUUUCUCCAAGCACUGAUGUGUUUACUCCUGUUAUUGGUACUGCAUUAAUAGCCAGGAAGAUGGUGGGGAAGGGGGGUACCUGCCUACCUGGUGCUCAGAUGGAGGAAAGCCCACCACAGACUGCACACUUCGAUUUCCUUUGACAGUGUCCCCUUUAUGUUUUCUGUGGUUUUCUGCUUUCCAUGUGCUUGAGUCCCUGACAUUAAGUCAUCCCUGUGCUCAAGAUCGACAUUGGUGCUGAAAGAGCCACCUGUGUGACUUCCCACGACAGCAGGAGUGCUCCAACUUAAAAACAAAACCAAAAUUAGUAUUAUUUGCAAGCCCUCCUUUCCACCAAACCAUGUGCUUUAGCAGGGUGUGGGGUGGGAGAGCUAAGGAACUCCACAGAACUGCUUUCCUCUUGCCCCUGGUCAGCAACACCAUUUCAGACAUACCUCCUAGCCUUCUUCAUGGUGAAUACUUAAUGAGUUACAUCUACGGCAUCUAUCCAUCAGUCCAGAAGAAGUUACAGGGACCAAAAGAAAACAAAGGACUCAGCGGGUGCAGGACAGAUCUGAACAAAUGUGUACAGUGUGAGGCAAUUCAUAUCCGCUGGAUACUGAAGCCUUUGCACUGUAAGCAGGUCAGGUCCUAGAGAUGCAUUACAAAGGCAAUACGCACUUUUGCUUGUUCUGGAGGAUAAUUUCAAGCUCCCAUCAGCAGCCAAAUAAGGGAGAAGGGCAGAGAAGCUAUGCUGUGGAGUGUACCAACACCAUUGCGAAUGGGUGGGAUGCAGGGUGCCCGAGUAAUUAAUAAAUGCUUUCUCAUCUUACCGAGCCAGGUAGAUUAGCUGCUAUGCGAGGCCCUCAGUCUCCACCUUGUUCAACACCUGGAUUCAGCAGGAGGAGUCCACUGGCUGUCUCCCGUACGCAAAUGGUGCAGUUCUAGCUUGUCCGUUGUCUCUAGUUCCCACGGGCACUGAAAGAGCAGGGGACAAAAGGGUGAGUAACUGGUCCCUGAAUCAGAGAGUCUCUUGUUCACAUAGCCUGACCAGGGAGGGGUGCUGUUGGUAGGGGUAACUUAGUGAUUUAUCCCAAAGUAGCCAAGUGUCACGAUCAAAUGCUAACCCCAACGUGUCCCAGGGAAGACUCACAUUUGAAGGAGUGAAGAUAAAGACAGGUUGUCGAGAAGACAUUUAAGAGUGGGAAAGUCAAGGUACAACUGCCAAAUGCAUGCCUGGGAAACUAGGGAGUUGUAACUUGUAUUUAUGACUAUUUAUUUAAUUUAAUGCUGCUGACUACUGUACUACUCCCUGGCUUUUUCCAGUGAGGCUGCUGAAAUGGCCACUGUACAGUGAAACUGAGCUCCUAGUGCCUGGGAAGAGCCUUCUGCUGCUAGUCUUGGGACAGGAGGGCACCGACUCCCCGCUACUACGUGCCCCGCUAACUGAGAAAGAGUCUCGUUUCCUCAUUAUUCACUUCCAUAAUUGCUCAGUAUAGAAAAAUCCUUUCCUGCCCACCUUCCUCUUUUCUAGAUGUGAGGUCUUAACCAAAACCACAGCAAGGUUUUUGUCUGGAUGCCCUCUUCCAGAGAGCUGAGAUAGAAAAUACCUCCUACUGCAGUUCAGUUCUGUUGGACAGAGUAAUUCCUUCUGCAUCCAUGGAAAAUGUCGGCCCUUUCACUUUAUGGUUAAAUUUCCUGAAUAAAUUAGUAAUGCUUUCUAGGAGCAAGACUGAACAACCUGAGUAAUGUUGCAGGAGGGGGGUAUUUUUGCCUUCCCUAAGCAAUCAUAGCCAAAUGAUAGCUUGGCUUUCAUUGACAGAGUUUCACUUCUUUACUUGCCUGCAUUACUCACCUGUGCCAGAAAUCCCACCGUGGAUGAUAGUUCAUCGCACCUCGCAAACACACUUCCCCUGCCAGGUCCUCCAUCUGAUCCUUCUGCCACUGGUAGUCUGCCAGGUGAGCAUAGCUAGGUUUUAAUUUGCAGAAACUUAACAACUACAAAAUACAUGUUUCAGAAGGCAUUUCUUCAGCCAAAUGUAAUACAUACAAAUCAAUGCCAACAGCUGGUAACCUAAUUCUUGCCAAAUACCAUACUACUUACUGAGAGCAGGGGGAAGAGAGAAGGCAAAAGUUGUUGCAUGUUCUGACUUCCUGGUUUGUAUAUCUCACCAGCUUAUACAGGAGGACAACAUACUUACUUAUUAAUCCCAGCUUCAUACAAUCUUAUUUCCAGUAACUGUUGGCCUUGUACUGCUUACUUUAAAAGAGGUGCUUUGGGUUAUGCCAUCUGGGACAAGCUCAAAUUGAAUUUGAGACCUGGUAACAGCUAUGCAGUAAUGCAUAUCAUAAAAUAGAUACUAAAUGUAUCUAGUGCAGAAUCUGCAUGUAGACUCUGGGAAAGAUGAAGGGCUUCCAUUAUUUCAGGUGGCAAGAUCAGAAACGUGUGCCCAAGACAGGGGCAUUGCUGUGUCUGCGCAUUCCUUGUAGGAGAGAGAGAGAGGAACCUGCAAUGGAAAGAAUAGUAGCUCAGUUAUUAAUUAAUUGGACAACCAUACUUUGGGGGUAUGAAAAGAGCUAAUAAUCCAAGGCAUGUGUCAUCCACAGAAUUAUGGUAUUAAUUGAUAUUAACUGAUAUUAAAUUAUCCAUAAAUCCUUUAAGAGAGGAGAAAAGAAGUAACAUAGCUUUGCUGUCCCCCAGUGUCUCUCAGGUAUCACACAGCUUAUACUCAGCCAUACCCGCAGACUGCUUUUGACCACCUGACCCCAUUUAUCUACUUCAGCUCUUUCUAAUAAAGAGAAACCUAAGAGAUAACGUCUUUAUUAUAAUGACCUACACUGAAAGAGGCAGUAGUUCAAAGUGCGAUACUGUGCUCAACUUACAGCAGUAAAAGUUGAAAGCUGCUCUGAAAUAAUGACACCUGCCUUGCCGUAUCCCUUCUGAGAAAGUCUCACGGGCCAGGCUGCGCUCUUCUCGCAUCAGACCCCGUUAGUUGCAGAAGCUCCUAUAUAUGUAGAUGGGACAGAGUUCAGCCUACUUAGCUACUUUAGACUACAGCACUAAGCCACGUAGCAUAUCCAGUAUGGUUUUUUUUCUGCCUUCUUUAUAUGGGAAGGUGGAGGGCUUGUUUUUUUUCUUUUUUUUUCUUCUUUUUUUUUUCCUAAUAGUGGCUAGAGACACUUUUUGGUCCAGGUGCUCAGUGAGACCUUUUGGCUAGGCUCUGCAGUGAUUUCUGUGCAGCUACAAAGGUGACAGGGAAGCCUGCCCGGCUUCAAGGCUGAGCAGUGGACACACUUGCAGACUUCAUUGUCUGGCUUUCUGCGUGUCAGAAAUGCUAACCAAAAAGGAGCACAUACACGCAGGUUCUGGUGAACACUUAGCUUCUGUGCUGUGUAGCCUGUAGUACUCUCCCCAGCAGCUCUUCCUUCUCAGAAUUGCAUUUCCAUCACCUUUCAGAGAUCCAGAGGCACCUGAACAGAAAGGAGACAGAGAGGGCAGUUUCCAUCUUUCACACCAUGCAGCACUAGGCGAGCGCGAUGGAGAUAAUCCCAAAGACCAGCACUGCUCUUGACAAACGAGCUUCAAAAUAGAGGUUAGUGGCAGAUGUUUCAGGGGAGUAAACAUGCUCCCGCUUAGUUAGAUGGGUCUUUUUAUGCUGUGAGAAGUGGGAAGACUUUUGUGACUCCUCAUCCUUAGGGUUUAUUUAUAUGGGCACAGCAUAAAGCCAGCACAUACAACAGUGUAUUUGAAAAACCCAUCUGUGACCGCUACUACCGAAGCAUACAGAGUCUCCAGACUGCUGCAGUGAUCUGGGAAGAGGCUCUGUCUGCAGUGUGGCCCAGUCUUCCCUGAGGGGUGCUUUUGUAGCUUGUGGCAAACAUGUCGAGUCCUGCUCUGCCAUCACUCUAGAGAUUAUGGCCUCAGAGUAGUCCUCCACCCAAUGUCCUUAUAGUGUUUCCAUGAUUCUUCCUAGGCAGGAAAUGUAUUGAACGAGCCAUUUUCCAAGAUAUGACCAAGUAGUCUUUCAGUGUUUCUUUUCCCCUAACCAGGACAGAAGCAGGCUGCUUGCUAAUUUAAAGGUGGAAAUUUCCAAUUCCCUAGUGUGCUAUAGGUGAAAAGUACAGUCGGUAACAGAAGCUUUAAAGCAACAACGCUUGCAGCUUGUAGCGCUGCUGGCUAGGGAAGGAAGGGACUGGCUCAAGGGGGUGAUUCUGUCGCAUUUGCCAAGGCUGCUGGUACCACCCGGCAGUUCUUGGCAAAACCAUGCUUUCCGAGUUACCUGCUGAAAUCCAAAGAGUUCGUUCCAACAGGAUCUUUGCCAGGCUUUCUACCAUUGAGAAAUUCUGUGGCAUGGUUGUGGACUUUUGUCUCAGACUUUUCAAAAGGUCUCGGCACUGGUUAAAAGACCCUGCAGGGGCUUGCUUAAACUAUAGUCCAAAUAGAGACUCUUAAACCAAAGCAUCUGAGGUAAGUGGCUCACAAACCAUAUGUGGCAACCUAGUUCGCAAGAUGUGGCUGUGCUGACCCUUUGGCCCAUUCCCCCUGCCUGCCAUGCUUUGAUCUCUCUAUGCUUUGCAGUUUCUACAGCCCAAGUCUCUCUGUGCCAUAUUAUUAUUUUCUAAAUGUGCACACUGGCCAAAUAACACUGAUCUCAAGUCUUGGAUCAACUGUUGAUAGAGGUUAUUCCCGUACCUAGCCAGAGAGCAUGGGCUUUGCUGUUAGCACGGAUACAUGCUGUCCCAGGCCCUCCUUUCCCACGCGCACAUUGCGGCGUGGGCUGUGGCCCUCCCCUCUCCCCUUCGCUGCCGGACAAUCAUGCCCGUUGUCAUCGGUGGACUGAUGCGGUGCUGUCCCCGCUUGCCUUUCCUCACUGCAGUCUGUACGCUCCUUAAGUGAAUGUGUUUUGUUUUUUCAGUAAGAAAAGGACUUCCUUCUGCUGAAGGAAUUAACAUUUGCACAUGGCUCAGGGAGGAAUAUCCUCUGGCCAUUUCUGUUACCUCACUCAUUUAGGCCAAUUCCAUUGCUAACGUAAAUGGCCACCUUCCCCGACCCGAGCUCUGAGCUGAUUAGAGGUGAAAACAAACGCGCAGCUCAGGUUCUAGAGCCACUUGGUCAUGUCUCAGUGUCGGCCCAAACUGCCCCAGUGGCACUAGAAUUUGGGAGAGUGGCUGCUGGGAAACGGCGACGUUACCCAGCAGAGUGGUAGGGCUUGUGCUGCGUGCACGUAGUUUGUGUCCUCGGAAGCCCACCUCCCUUGUAAUAGCACAUACGGAAGCACUAACCUGGCUCUUGGCUCGAGGAGCUCGGAGGGGAAGGAGGAGCAGCAGAACGUUGCGGCAUACAUGGUUACAACUGCCCGGGCUUGGCAUCGUGAGGCUGUGGUGCUUCCAGGACGUUGUCAUUCUUCCUGCAGUUCAUCCCUCAUCUAGGGCUCUAGGGCUGGAUAAAGCUGCUAAAAACCCAGAGCAUGCUCUCCCCACCCGAGGCCCUGGAUUUUACAAUGCCAACUGCUGUGCGUAAUCUCAAAUUAACAAGGAUCAUCUCAUGUCAGCAAGGAUAGGGAAGGGGUCCUAAAUCACCCCUAAGCGUGCGCUUCCCUUCUCGGUCACAUCACCAGAGCCGAGGAAGGGCAGGUGCUGCUGGCCAAGACCGACACAGCCUGUAGUGCUAACGUGAACUUCAGGGGGGUGGGGGAGGAACUAUGGUUCUGUUUUAGGAGUUGUCUAACUGUCAUAAACUUUGCGCUGUGCGCAAAGUGUGAUAAAAUGAUAAUGAAACUUACCUGCUAGAACCUAGGAAUUAUAAAGGCUACACAGCCAAAACUUACUGUAAAGUAGCUAGUACAACAGAAGUACGGUAUAAAUUAAAAAAAAAACUAUCAAA